GAGGCGGCCAGGAGGCUCGGGCGGAGCAGAGCUGGCUCUGUCGCCUAGCGAGCAGCUGCGGCUCGGGGACCCACAGACCGAGCCAGGGUCGGGAGCUGCCCGGGGCAGGGCUCCGGAGAGAGGGUGCCACCAUGAGGCCCCAGCCCCACAGGAGCCCGCGCGGUCCCCUGGCCCCUGGCGCGCCGUGCUAGCCCCCAGCUAGGGCGCGGGGAGGCGCGGUGGCCAUGGCCAGCCACGUGGACCUGCUGACGGAGCUGCAGCUGCUGGAGAAGGUGCCCACGCUGGAGCGGCUGCGAGCCGCCCAGAAGCGCCGGGCCCAGCAGCUGAAGAAGUGGGCGCAGUACGAGCAGGACCUGCAGCACCGCAAGCGCAAGCACGAGCGGAAGCGCAGCGCGGGCGGCCGCCGCAAGAAGGUGUCCUUCGAGGCCAGCGUGGCCCUGCUGGAGGCCUCGCUGCGGAACGACGCCGAGGAAGUACGCUACUUCCUGAAGAACAAGGUCAGCCCUGAUUUGUGCAACGAGGACGGACUCACAGCCCUGCACCAGUGCUGCAUCGACAACUUUGAGGAAAUUGUCAAGCUGCUCCUAUCCCACGGUGCGAACGUGAACGCCAAGGACAACGAGCUGUGGACACCCCUGCAUGCUGCGGCCACCUGCGGCCACAUCAACCUGGUGAAGAUCCUCGUUCAGUAUGGGGCCGACUUGCUUGCUGUCAACUCUGAUGGGAACAUGCCAUACGACCUCUGUGAGGAUGAGCCCACCCUGGAUGUCAUCGAGACCUGCAUGGCAUACCAAGGCAUCACCCAAGAGAAAAUCAACGAGAUGCGGGCAGCCCCGGAGCAGCAGAUGAUCGCCGACAUCCAUUGCAUGAUCGCAGCGGGCCAGGACCUCGACUGGGUAGACGCCCAGGGUGCCACACUGCUGCACAUAGCCGGAGCCAAUGGAUACCUGCGGGCAGCUGAGCUCCUGCUGGACCACGGUGUGCGUGUGGACGUGAAGGACUGGGAUGGCUGGGAGCCCCUGCACGCGGCUGCCUUUUGGGGACAGAUGCAGAUGGCAGAACUUUUGGUGUCCCAUGGGGCUAGUCUCAGUGCAAGGACAUCCAUGGAUGAGAUGCCAAUAGACCUGUGUGAGGAGGAGGAGUUCAGGGUGCUGCUGCUGGAGCUGAAACACAAGCACGAUGUGAUCAUGAAGUCACAGCUGCGGCACAAGUCGUCCUUGAGCCGGAGGACAUCCAGUGCAGGCAGCCGUGGGAAGGUGGUGCGUCGAGCCAGCCUGUCGGACAGGACCAACCUGUACCGGAAGGAGUACGAGGGCGAGGCCAUCCUGUGGCAGCAGCGGAGUGCGGCCGAGGACCAGCGCACCUCGACCUACAAUGGGGACAUCAGGGAGACCAGGACAGACCAAGAGAACAAGGACCCGAACCCCAGGCUAGAGAAGCCCGUGCUGCUCUCCGAGUUUCCCACCAAGAUUCCACGAAGUGAACUGGACAUGCCUGUUGAGAAUGGGCUCCGAGCUCCGGUCAGCGCCUACCAGUAUGCGCUGGCCAACGGGGACGUCUGGAAGGUGCAUGAGGUGCCUGACUACAGCAUGGCCUAUGGCAACCCCGGUGUGGCUGACACCACCCCACCCUGGAGUGGCUACAAGGAGCAGAGCCCCCAGACGCUUCUGGAGCUGAAGCGGCAGCGGGCUGCAGCCAAGCUGCUCAGCCACCCCUUCCUGAGCACCCACCUGGGCAGCAGCAUGGCCAGGACGGGCGAGAGUAGCAGCGAAGGCAAGGCCCCCUUGAUCGGAGGCAGAACUUCACCGUACAGCAGCAACGGGACCUCGGUGUAUUACACGGUCACCAGCGGAGACCCCCCGCUCUUAAAGUUCAAGGCCCCCAUGGAGGAGAUGGAGGAGAAGGUCCAUGGCUGCUGCCGGAUCUCCUAGUCUCCUUGUAACGGAGGAGAGCGAUGUCCCGGGGAGGGGUCCCUGGAAUCCAGGCCAGCCCAACAGCCCUGGCUGGGGAGGUACCAGAGGGCAGCCGGGAGAGGUGGGCUCUGCUUUCCAGAGGAACGCCGACCCCACCCCUCACCCAGCUGCCUGCAGCUUCUCCUCUCCCCAGGUUCUGCUUCCUGCUGCAUCGUCCACGCCUACACAAGGCCCGCCGUGGCCUCCUGGCUCACUCUGCUGUCCCAUUUUGGGAGGGUGGGCUUGGGAUCCCCGUUCUGUUCUUGGUAAAGGCUUCUCUGGAAUACUUGCACGUCCCCUAUCGACACACAAACGCGCGUGCGCGCUCAACCAGCGUGUGAAGGGAUGACACACCUGGGCUCACGGGAAGCAGGUGGGGCUGGAAUGCACGGGGUGUUCCCAAAGGGAUGGAGGUUAAGACUCAGAGUCUCAUCCACUGCCAGUGUGGCUUUAGCAGGGGAGGCGGCCUGCCAGGCUGAGACCCAUUGUCCAGCCCAGAGUCAUCCCGAGGUCUGGGCCAGCAGCCGCACGUGGCAGGGGCAGGAAGCCCUGGCUGUGUUCACAGGGAGCCUGGACGUGGGUCAGACGGGACGGACACAGGCCUGCUCCCCACAGCCUUGUUGAGAGCCGCCCUCCUGCCCACGCCAGGAGCCAGCCAUGUGGUCACUCAGGGUCGAGGGGGAAAAGCAGGCUAUUCCACUCCUGGAAUAAACCAUGUUUUACUCUUGGAUGGAAGCAUCAAAGGCAGGAACGAGGCAAGGUCAGUGUUUACAAAAGUGCACUUGAUAAAAAAAUUCUUUUAGGCUGUAAAACUCCGGGUGGGAAGUAACUGAAUCCACUUUCUUUUAUGGCUAGUAUCAGGAUCACUAGGUUUUACUGGCCAGUAUUGGGAAAUGAAGCUAAAUGAGGAGCUUUCACUGGAAGCCCUAUUCCAGGGAGGGGGUGAAUUUAUUUCCGAAAAACAGUGACAGAGCCCAGCCCCGGCUGACCUUUGUGAAUAUCCAGGCUCUUUCAGCCCAGCCCAUCUCAGCCAGCCCUGCUUAGACUGAGCUGUCCGCGUGAGCAGUUCAGGGCUGUCUGGGCCUCCCCGCCACAGCAGCCAUCUGUGCAGAGCCAGUGCUCAGGACCCCGGGCCCAGCUUGGCCUUUUCUGGAAUGCUCAGUGAGGCAAGUCUGCCAGUCUGCCCUUGUGAGUCCCUGCCUGGCCCAGGGGCUCCCGGCCUGCUCCUGUCGGGAGUGGUGAUGCUCCAGGGCUGCAGACCCAGGGUGCCGGUGGUCACGUCCUGUGUUGCAUUGAGCGGAGCAGUGGCAGGGCUGGAGUGGGGUCUCACCCAGCUCUGCAGUUCCACAGCCCUGGUCUUCCUGAUGCUGGGGAGGGAGGCCCAGGAAGGGACCAGGAAGGGCCAGCUGCCCUCCACCUCACCCCUGCAUUCUCCCCAAGCCCAUUUGGGAUUGUUGCCAUGAGUUGGGCACCUUUUGGUGUUGACUAACAAGCUGCAGGCUUGCCCCCUGCUCUGUGCGCCUUUUAUUUGUCCUUAAACUACCUCCUUAGAGUGCUGAAGGGGCUCCCCAGGUCCAGCUCCUAAUUUGGGGAACAGAUCCACAUUCUCUUUAACCUGCUUCUUUCUGAGUCUGAGAAAUUCUCCCUGAGGGGCCCCUGGGCUAGGGGGCUAAGGCUGGGGAGCCCCCCUUGUGCCAUAACCUUAGUAAGGGGGUCUGUUGUUUGCAGUCCCAGCCCCCUGCUCUGGCCCCCCCUGGCCCCUGUAACCCGGAGCGGGAGCUGGACCUCAAGGGGCCUGGCUGAUGUUCUCCCAGGAGCAGGGCAGCUGGGCCAGAGCACAGGACUCGUGGGAGUGACUGUGCCCCUAGUGGCCGCUGGAUGCAGAGAGGGUCUCAGCACCAGGCCACCCCACCCCAACGCCAGGACAGAGGUAGUGUAGAGUAGACAGGCAGCUCGGGAGACUGAAGACAGGUGUACAGGAUCUGUCCCACGUCCCUGGGGGCCGGGGUGGGCUUUCCAGCAUCUCAGCCUCUGUGAUCUAAAACACACAUUCCUUUGGCUGAAGGCAGGAUUGACCCAGACUGACACCGAAGUCCUUCAUGACCUGACUUCAGCUACCAGGUAGGGAGUGCCGAGGGAGGCCACACGCUCCUCAGGAGAGGCAGGUUUUCCCAUCUUUUUGCUCAGGGACCAAACACUGAAGGCAUUUAUUGCCCACCCUGAGCCCUAGAGGCCAUUCCCUCCUUCCCCCUUGCCUCCUGCCCUUGGGCCAUUCCUCCCCACCCAGGAGACCAGGAAUCCCAGCUGCUUCCUCGACAGGAGCCGUCAUUAGCUCAUGUUUUCAGCCAGGGAAAAACCAUUCCCUCUCAGGGCUUUGAGUCCCUGGGGAGCUUUACCUGUGGGUCUCCUGGGUAUUCAGGGGCAAGUCGGGGAACAACCUCCAAUGAAUGAGCCGGGGUCAUUCAUCUAUAUUCACUCAUGUCAUUUAUUGAGCACAGGCGACAUCCCUGGCUCUGUGUUAGGCUCUGCGGGUAAAGGAGGAGCAAGACAGAGUGAGGAGGACUGUUCUUUAGGGUUUUCAUCCCUGGGGGGCACGGGCAUGAGCAGGCCCGCUCAGGUCACCUGAGGCAGAGGACCUACAGCCCAGGCUAGAGCCCUGCGCUCUUCAGUUCCUAGAUGCUUGGUUCCAAAUCCCUUUAGUUGGGAACAGCUGUCAUGUUCCCCUCUGGAUAACAUUUGCCACUCGGUGCAGAUGCCAGAUCUCAGGUUCUAGGUAGACACCAUCCCAAGUCCAUCUGGAACUUUCCAGGAUAGCUGCCUUCAGCCAGCAUCUUUGGGGGACUGCAUAAUAGCAGUUUGAGGUCAGUGUCUAGAAGAAUGUGUCUGCAGUUUGCUGCCAAACGCAUCUCAGGUUCUUACAGUCAUUGUUGCUUGCUCGUUUAGCUCAUUUAUUACAUAGACUGCCCCCUCCCCAACCUCACCCCGGUAGUGGAUAAUGGGAGGAAAAGGAGCUUCUUUCAACAUUGAGGCCUUUCCAUGGCAGGGGCGGAUCAAGGAGUUGGAGGCAGCCUAGUGAAGUCAACCAGAUGCCUGACCCCUGCAGCUCCCCAUAGACUAAAGGAGGCCACUUCCAAAGCAGGUGCACACAGCUCACUGUGAGCGCUGGCCCUUGCUCAGACCUUAUGUCGCAAACAAUUGAAAGUUGGUGGCUGUCAAAAGAUUGUUGAGUUUCUGACCAGAGGCUCAGGGAAGCUGAAUGAACCGUAGGCCCAGGGCUCCUGAAGACUUCAGGAUAUUCUCCAUCAAAUAGGCAGCAUCAGUAAAACUGCUCCUCACUGUCUGGCCAGUUUCAAAGGGCUUAGAAGAGUUAACAAGGGUGUGUCCCCUUUCCUGCCCCACCACAGCGUGCUGGCUUUGUAAUAACAGGAGACCAUUUGGGUUAUUGGUGUUAGCUACCUUUCAAUCCUGAGCUCUCUCUCCCACCUGCUCUCUGCCCUGGAGCAGGAUAUUGGGGUACUUGCCAGAAGGGUGCUCCUUACAAGAUGCCCAGAAGGACGGUAAUUAAGUCUUGCUAUUGUGGCCUGGGGAUAGGCUCCCCUCCCCCAGGGCACGUAAGAGCAAAGGGUCACAUGGUCAGUGGAUGACUCUGCAGAAGUGACCCCCUUUGCCAGAGGCUAUAGACCUCCGCUCCACAGGAAUCUCUUGUUGGCCAGAGAGCCUGCUUCCCCGUGGGCAUUGCAGGUGCCACCGUGCGGGGCCUGGCUCUGCGCACCCAGGAAAAGUCUGCAGACCCCCAGCCUUCCGCAAUAAUCCACCAGACCAGAAGCCACUGAUGUACAGAGAACACUUAAGAAAAAUGUAUUUUAUGUGAAAAAAAAAGUUAAAAAACUCUGUAUACUGUAUCAGCAGCUUUGUGUAAAAAUGGCAAUCAAGAGAGUCUAAUAUAUUUAAAACUUUUUUUUUAAAAAAAAAAAUCCUUGCGGAUCUUUGAUAUUGUAUUGAAGUAACUUCCAGGUACCUCCUCUCCUUGUGGCCAAGACUGUGGCUCAGCCGCAUCCCAGAGGGGCACAUGUCCCUGGAGUUGCUCCCAGCUGCCAAGGCCUGUGAUGGAAUUCGCUGUUAAGAGUUUUUAAUUAAGAUUAUUAAAUUCCUUUUAAUAACA